ACACCUUCCCUUCACCGGUUUCCUUCCUCCUCCACGUCUUCCUCCACAUCAGCCAAAAUGGCCAACCAAUUCGAUUCUGCCACAACAACACCACGACACAGCAUGGAUUUACGCAACGCCCCCGCUGAGUCCAACUCAGAUCCCAGUGCUAUCGAGAAAGAAACACCAACACCCAUACCACGAGAUGACACCGACGUCGAGAGCGCGCCUAAUCAACCUGCCCCAGAGAAACCGGCCGACAAAGACCCCAACCUGGUAGAAUGGGACGGCCUUCAGGACCCCGAAAAUCCUCAGAACUUCUCUCGCGUGCGCAAAUGGGUCAUUACUGUCGUCAUGUCCAGUAUGACGAUGUGGAUCACCUUCGCCAGUAGUGUCUUCUCGACCGCUACAGUCGUCACUGCGAAGGAAUUCAACGUCUCUACGGAAGUGAUGGUAUUGGGUACUAGCUUGACUGUCUUCGGCUUCGCUUUGGGUCCUCUCUUCUGGGCUCCCCUCAGUGAGCUGUACGGACGUCGACUCCCGUUGUUCUCGGGUUAUGCCAUCUUCGCCAUUUUCCAGAUCCCCGUCGCAGUCGCCCAAAAUCUGGAGACCAUCAUGAUCUGCCGUUUCUUGCAGGGUGUCUUCGGCUGCUCUCCUCUCGCUGUCGUGGGCGGUGCCAUGGCUGAUAUCUGGGACCCUGUUGAUCGCGCCGUGGCAAUCGCCAUGUUUAGCUCCGCUACCUUCCUGGGUCCUACUCUUGGACCUAUCAUUGGCGGUUUUGUAACCGACUCCUACCUGGGCUGGCGCUGGACCGCAUGGAUCACCCUGAUCGCAUCCUCUUUCUUUGGUCUCCUCGCUCUGAUCAUCGUGCCCGAGACCUAUGGCCCGAAGCUGCUCCAGAUGCGCGCUGCUCGCCUGCGCCGCGAAACCCGCAACUGGGCUUUGCACUCGUUCCUGGACGAGCACGAGCCCAGCCUGUCCGACAUUGUCUACAAGUACCUGCUGCGACCCUUCCAGAUGCUGGCCAUGGAGCCCAUUCUGAUCUGCAUCACCAUCUACCUCGCUCUUAUCUACGGUAUCCUCUAUCUCUUCUUCGAGGCCUACCCAGUCUCCUUCUCCGAGGUACGCGGCUGGACCUCCGAGGGUGUUGCAGCACUCCCCUUCAUCGGUAUCAUGAUUGGUGUCCUCUGCGGUGUCGCUCUGAUCAUCUAUACCACUAAGACCCGUUUUGCUCGCAAGCUGGCUAAGCAUGGUCGUGUCGUUCCCGAGGAGCGUCUCCUGCCCAUGAUGAUUGCCUCCGUUCUCCUGCCUGUCGGUCUCUUCUGGUUUGGCUGGACCUCCUCUCCGAACGUCCACUGGGCUCCUCAGGUGAUUGCCGGCAUUCCAAUCGGCAUGGGUAUCCUGGUUAUUUUCAUGCAAGGACUGAACUACAUCAUCGAUGUGUACAUGAUGUACGCUAACAGUGCCAUCGCUGCGAACACCCUGAUUCGAUCGGCUCUUGGUGGUGCAUUCCCAUUGUUCGCUACCCAGAUGUACCAUAAGCUGGGCGUGAACUGGGCUUCCAGUGUUCUAGGCUUCAUCACCAUCGCAAUGAUCCCAAUUCCCAUCCUGUUCUUCUUCUAUGGUGCGAAGAUCCGCGCUAUGAGUCGCUUCACUCCCAAGUUCUAG